UCCCCAUCUCCCGACUCUCAGAUACCCCAAAUACAAAGAUGGCUUUCCACCUAAGAUCAGUAAGCUUACCAUCUAAGAGGCAAUCCAAUGAAGCUGAAAUCGAGGAUGAGCUGCAAAGCCUAGAGGCAAGCAUCUCUUCACCCUCCAUGACCAUUGAUGGUCUUAAGAGGCUUGGAGAUGUCUACAGUCAGAUCGAGGAGAUCAUCCGCUUGCCCAGCAACCAAGUUUUCUCUGCACAGCAAAGGAAAAUGUUGGAUGUGGAAAUGGAGUGCUCCCUCGAGCAAAUCGAUCUCUGCAGCACCAUGCAAGAGAGCUUCAGUGAGUUGAAGGCCAUCAUUCAAGAUAUGCAUGCCAUUCUCAGAAGAGGAGACAAUGCAAACAUUCAGGCCAAGAUCCAGUCUUUCACCCGCUUGGCCAAGAAGGCACAGAAGCAAUGCAAGAAGAUCAGCAAGAAGACUACUCCUGACAAGGAGGACUGCAAGCUGGUCAAGCUAUUGAUCAAGGCUAGAGUUCUCACCGUCUCUUUACUCGAGUCAACAUCGUGCAACCUAUCACAACAACUAGUGGUGCCCAAGAUGUCUCUUGUCUCUAAGGCAUUCCAGAAGAAAAAAAUUGUUGUUUGCGAGGAGGAGCAAUUGCAGGCAUUGGAGUGCAUCAUUGGAGAUCUUGAGAAUGGAGCUGAUCUUCUGUUCAGGAGAAUGAUCCAGAGCAGAGUAGCUCUCCUAAACACUCUUAGCUCAUAGAUCAUUCUCCUCAAGUGAAGACACUAACACCCUGUGACUGGCCUCCGCCUUUUAAAGGAUCUGCCA